AUGCGGUGCCAGAGAACAAAGCCGGCGUGGAAUACCGCUCUCGCCACAAUUCGCUCACAACAACACAACCGUCGGUGCUUUGCCAGCGCCUCACCCGUCAUCGCUUCGUCGAGAAAUCACCGAGUCGUCGUCGUUGGCGCGGGAACGGCCGGCAUAGCCGUGAGCCAUCAGCUACUUCGGUCCGGAGAAUUUGGCCCGGAGGAUGUUGCGAUUGUUGACCCUGCCGUGUGGCACCAUUACCAACCUGGUUGGACUCUUGUUGGAGGCGGGCUGAAGAACAAGCAAGACUUGCGCCGAAAACUUGCCGAUUUGAUGGACCCCAAGCUCAAAUUCUACAACUCCAGCGUGGCAUCCGUUACUCCUGGCGAUAAUUUUGUGACCCUGAGGGAUGGCGACAAGCUGACCUAUGAGCAGCUGGUGGUUGCGCCUGGUCUCAGCAUAAAUUAUGGACAAAUCGAGGGCCUUCACGACGCUCUCUAUGACCCGGAAUCCCCAGUCUCAACAAUUUACAACUAUGACACCUGCGACAAGGCCUUCCGAACCGUCGAACGGCUGACCAAGGGAAACGCCAUCUUCACCCAGCCCGCUGGCGUUAUCAAGUGUGCCGGUGCGCCGCAGAAAGUCAUGUGGUUGGCUUUGGACUACUGGAAGCGUGCCGGCCUCUACUCGCCAAAUUCGCCAUCUAGCUCGGCCAUCACGAUUAGUUUUGCCACUGGCCUGCCUGCCAUGUUUGCCGUGCCCAAGUAUGCUGCCAAGCUGGAAGAGCUGCGAAAAGAGAGGGGGGUCGAGGGGCUAUUCCAGCACGAUUUGGUUGCCAUCAACGGCAAUGUAGCGACGUUUGCCCGUCCCAACGGAGAAGCCGCCGUCACCAAAGAGUUUCACUUGCUGCACGUUGUUCCAAAGAUGGGCGCUCCGACGUUUAUCAAGGACAGCGGCAUCGGGAAUGACGCCGGCUACGUGGAUGUCGACGACCACAGUCUGCGCCACAGGAAAUACCCCAACAUUUGGUCUGCGGGUGACGCUUCAAGUUUGCCAACCUCUAAGACUGCUGCGGCGGUGACGUCGGAGGCCCCCGUGCUGGUUCGAAAUCUGCUCCAAGUGCUUCAAGGUAAACAGCCAGACGCAGCCUAUGACGGUUACACGUCCUGCCCUCUUUUGACCGAGUACGGCAAGGUACUCCUCGCAGAGUUCAAAUACGGUGGAGAACCCAAGGAGACAUUCGAUGAUUGGUUGGGGAUUGACCAGGUUGAACCUCGUCGUGCCUUUUAUCAUCUAAAGAAGGACUUUUUCCCUUGGGUCUAUUAUGCCUCCAUGGUCCGGGGAACAUGGGGCGGCCCAAAGGGAUGGAUCAAUUAG